UUUUCAAAUUAAAGGUUUUCCUUAUUAAUCCCGAUUUUUAUUUUAUUUUAUAGGAGUGUAUAAGAUCGAAGUCAUGCGUGUACGGUGCAAUCAUGCAACUAAUCGAGAGAUCUCUUUAUGUUUACCGAGCGAUUAGACUACACAAUUGUUUUAUAUUUAAUGUGGAGUCCACAGAUAUUCUCUUCGUAAAUUUAAUUCGAUAUUUAGUUGCUUUUCGAGACGAUAUUAGAAAUAUCACAGAAAAUGUGGAAGAAUUUUACGUUAUGAAACUUCAGUUGGCAUUACGAGACGAUGUAGUAAUGAUGGACACAAAUUUAACAGUUAGAAGACGUUCGCGUAAAAUGCUGGAAAAUAUUGCGAAAAAAGUAUUAAAAUUGAUGAAAGAGAGUUCGGGACAUUCCCUCUUCGAAGGUAAAGAAAACUUUCAGGAAAUUGAAUCGUUAAACUUGUUUCGUUAUUCUUCGGAUAUUCCAGAAUAUUGUCGUCCAUAUAAUAAUAUAAAUUUUUGCGUUAAAAUAUGAAUGUAAAACUCUCGUAAUUUUAUAUACUCCUCUUCAAAUUUGAAUGCAAUUGACUUUACAAGUUUUAAAUAUUUUAUGCCUAAGAUAAGGUGUUUAUAUACAUUAUAUACAGAAAGAUAAAAAUAAUUUUAAAAUAUGGUAUUCUUUUAUACUUGAAUGGAUUUAAGAGAUGGAAAUCAUCACUCGAAAUUUUUACUGUUUUUAAUCAAUUUGUCGACAAAAUGUUUUGUGUUUUAUAAUAAUUUUUAUUGUUUUUAAAGAGAAUAAAUAGUUUAAUAUUUGAAAAAUCUGGGUUGUUGAAUUCUUUAUGAAUCAUUUUAUCACAUUGUUAUAAUGGAAAAUAAUUUGCUCUUGAGAAUUUAUCCAAAAAUGUAGGGGUACCCG